CCCCCACCUGCUCUCCCGUUGGUUUCAGGGCAGGAAGACUACGACCGGCUGCGGCCCCUGUCCUACCAGAACACCCACCUGGUGCUCAUCUGCUAUGACGUCAUGAACCCCACCAGCUAUGACAACGUCCUCAUCAAGUGGUUCCCCGAGGUCACGCAUUUCUGCCGUGGGACCCCCAUGGUGCUCAUUGGCUGCAAGACGGACCUGAGGAAAGACAAGGAGCAGCUGCGGAAGCUGCGGGCGGCCCAGCUGGAGCCCAUCACCUACACGCAGGUGGGCUUGGG